AUCAGGGGACCGGCUCUCAGUGUCCCCAAGGCAAAAUGGCUGGACUCCAUCGCCUCCUCGCCCUCCUUGCCCUCGCCCUCGGCAGUGUAGCUGUCAGUGUGGCCGAGGACAAAGCCAAGGAUGCUGAAUUACGUAGCCUCCCUUGCCCUGAUCCCCAGGACAUUUCCCCCUGCGUGUGCACUGUGGACCAGCAGCACAACAUGGACAUCGACUGCUCGCAGGUGGAGAGCGAAGACCAGCUGGCUCAAGUUUUCUCUUCCAACAUCCCGUUCCCGUCAUUCAGAAAAUUGCUUAUCAAUAGAAACCAACAUUUGAAGGUUCUGCGUAAUGGAGACCUUGGUCCAGCCUCCUUUCAGAUUAUUGAAAUAAUGUCUGGCCUCCUUGAAGAAGUACAAGAUGGCGCACUAUCAAAGAGUUACUCCACAGCAACACGUAUAGACUUACAAUUAAACAGGCUGUCGAAAUUUCCAUUCCACGAAAUCCCUUCGUUCACAUCACUUACCACGCUAUGGCUGAACCUGAAUUCACUUUCCGAAUUUCCCAUUUUAACAUCCGACUCUCUGACAGAUAUUCAGAUAGAUGGUAACUUCAUUAGUGAGAUUCCUUUGACUGGGUUCCAAGGAGUGAAGAAUGUCAACACCAUUAGUGUUGCUCUUAAUGAUGUAACCACAAUAGCUCCAGGAACCUUUACGGAUAUUCCCCACCUUAGCACAUUGUUUCUCUUCACCAAUGGGCUGAGUGAAAUUCCAGCUGGAGCAAUAGAGUUCAGUGGAAGAGGGGUUCUAUACCUUCACCAGAACAACAUUAGCAAAAUUGCGGUUGGUGCCAUUACAGGUCUUGGCGACGGUGAGCUUUAUCUUUUUGAAAAUUCGCUGACGGUUCUUGAUGAGGAAGUUUUCGGGGCCUUUCUGUCAGCAGGAGCCACACUCAAUAUUGACGAUAACCCUCUCGGAUGUGGGUGCGAGAUCGCGUGGCUCAUCACCAACUCCGCCUACAUGAGCCUUAUCUCUCCUGGCGCCUCUUGCUACGACGGAGAGAUGCUGGUGAACCUUGACCCAACGAUCUUCGUGGACUUUUGCUAAUGGCUGAGUGUUGGUUUGUUUGUGUAUUUGCGUGCGCGCCUGCUGCAAUACCAAUGUCGUCGUUUGUGAACAUGAAAUAAACUUUUCAUUGUA